AUGGAGCAUGAGAAUGGCACAGGGGUGACAGAAUUUGUGCUGCUGGGGCUAUCCCAGACCCGGGAGAUCCAGCUCUUCCUCUUCAUCUUGUUCCUCGUCUUCUACUCCAUUAUCCUCCCAGCCAACAUCCUCAUCAUCCUCACCAUCCAGAGUGACCCUCACCUGGGCUUCCCCAUGUAUUUCUUCCUGGCCAACCUGGCCUUUCUGGACAUCUGCUACUGCUCCGUCACCCCUCCAAAGAUGCUGGCUGACUUCUUUUCCCACCACAAGACCAUCUCCUAUGGGGGCUGCAUGGCUCAACUCUUCUUCAUCCACUUUCUGGGAGGGGCAGAAAUUUUCCUGCUCAUGGGCAUGGCCUUUGAUAGGUAUGUAGCCAUCUGCCAUCCCCUGCGCUAUGCCAGCAUCAUGAGCAGAGAGAUCUGCUGUGCCCUGGUUGGGGCUGCUUGGGCCGGAGGCUUCACGCACUCCAUCCUCCAGGUGGUGCUGAUUAUCCGGCUGCCAUUCUGUGGCCCCAAUGAGCUGGACAAUUUCUUCUGUGACAUCACCCAGGUGAUCAAGCUGGCCUGCACUGAUAUCUAUGUGCUGGAGUUCUUCAUGUUCUUCAACAGUGGCCUGGUCACCUUGAUGUGCUUCCUUCUCUUGCUCAUCUCCUAUGGCGCUCUGCUGGUCCGACUGCAGAUGGGCAACCCCUCAAAGGGGAUGAGUAAAGCGGCCUCCACCUGCGUCACCCACAUCAUCAUCGUCUUCAUCAUGUUUGGCCCAGCCAUCUACAUCUACUGCCGGCCCUUCCAAAGCUUUCCCCCGGACAAAGUGGUGGCCGUGUUCCACACUGUUGUCUUCCCGCUCAUGAACCCCAUGAUCUAUACACUCAGGAACAAGGAGAUCAUCAGUGCAAUGAAGAGGCUGCUGAGUAGAUGGGCUCUGGAGAGGGCAAUAGAAGGAAGUUAAAAUACAGAAGUGCAGGGUUUGGAAUUAUUUCAGGGAA